UAGCGGGUUAAACGACUAAUAUUAGCAACACGAUCGCUCAACACACUACCUACGUCUAGUUUCUAUCCCAAGAUUAUAGUGAUUUUAGGCUUGUGUUCCUUCUAAUUGUUGUUGAUUGCUUUCCUUGACGCAACCUUCGUCACUUUCGCUACUUUGCAUGCUCCAUUAGUACACGUAGCACCUUCUGGCUAAAUACGUACAGCUACGUCAAUGGCAAGAACUUUCCGGUAUCGCUAUGGUAAUUAUGAAGUAUAGGAUCUCGUCGACUAAAAAAUGCAUUAACACCAACUAAUGAAAAACGACUACGAUAAUAAUCUGUCCUUAGCAACUGGAGGUUUCGAUCAUACUAUCCGAAUGUGGCAACCGAGCACUGGAAAAUAUAUCCAAGGUUUUCAGCACAAUGAAUCACAGGUAAACGCUCUCGAAUUUUCCCGCGACGGACAGUACCUAGCAGCUGGUGGUUAUGGUCGAGUUCGUAUCUAUGAUGUUCAGGGUCCCGCAACACCCUUCGUUAUGGUUUCAGAUUUCACGAAAAACGUAAACACAGUUGGCUUUAAUGAUACAGGGAACUGGAUGUUUGCAGGAGCUGAAGAUCGUGUAGCAAAGAUUAUAGAUUGGCGAGCCGGUGGAAAUCUGUGGAUAACACGUAUUUACCAGACGUCCUCGAACAUUAAUACAAUGUUGCUUCAUCGCAAUCAACAUGAAAUUCUCAUCGGAACAAGUAAAGGAGAAGUUAUAGUUUGGGACCUUCGCAACAAUGCGGCUAAUUCCAUAUGCAUUGAUGGCCAAAUUGAACCCAUUCAUAGUUUAGCUAUUGACCAAGAAGUAACUUCAUUAGCUGCAGUUAACUCUGCUGGUCAACUUAUUGUUUGGUCUUUAACAGGUGAUUCUGCUUGGAAACCUAUCGAAAAACAUCGGCAAAAACUCUUUUGCACAUUGAUGUCUGAUGGUGAAUACCUUCCUGAUGGUUCUUUAAUUGACUUAGCUGGAGUAGACUGGAGAGACGAUAUAUUACCCUUUGAACUCAUUUUGGUCAAACCUAACUCACUUCCCGAUCCAGAACCCCAACCUCUUGGUACUCAGCGGUGUUCUGAAAUUCCGAAUUCCGAUAUUUUCGAUAACAUUCGUUGGAAUGAGCUUGAUCUAGAUAGCUUGCUUUCCCACCUUAAUCUUCCUCCAUCUGUGUAA